GGAAGGGGCCCAGGCCCUUCCCAGCACAGCUUCUCCCCAGGCUGUAUACUGGUGCCUCACAUGCAGCUUAAUCGAAAAGGGUAUUUCCUCCCUUCAGAGAAAGCUCCCUAGUCUGGCGCGGGGUGCUUUUUACUUUACGUUGUUGCAAGUAGGCGAAGUUCCUUCAGUCUCCUCCCCUGGGGUAAGUGGAAAGGAGUCCAGCAGCGGUGGACACCCGGCGAUCGGAUAGCGACGGAGUUAGAGACAACUUGGGGGCUGCCGGGCAGAAGCAGAGGCACAGCGCUAAGGGGAAACUUCGACCCUGGAAGGAACGAGAAUAAAUAUCUAAAUACCGACGCAGGGAUCCGCUGCUGGGGCAGACAUCUGAACUUCGGGAUCCGGAGGCGAUCCAGGAGGAAGAGGUAGGCCAUUUUUAAUUGAAGGAAGCUGCCUCUGCGUGGGAGUGGCAGGAGAAGUAAGAAAACCACAUGGAAGACUCCCAGGAUUUAAAUGAACAAUCAGUAAAGAAACCGUGCACAGAAUCAGAUGUUCCAGAACCCCAGAAUUCCAGGUCUAUGGAAAUGCAGGACCUAGCAAGUCCUCAUCCUCUUGUUGGAGGUGGUGAUACGCCCGGUAGCUCCAAACUGGAGAAAGCUAAUCUCAGCAGCACAUCGGUCACCACAAAUGGGACAGGAGGGGACAACAUGACUGUUUUAAACACUGCAGACUGGUUGCUGAGUUGCAACACUCCCUCCUCCGCAACAAUGUCUCUCCUAGCAGUCAAAACAGAGCCUUUGAACAGCAGUGACACCACAACCACGACUGGAGAUGGAGCGCUUGACACUUUUACUGGGUCAGUAAUAACAAGUAGUGGCUACAGCCCCAGAUCAGCACAUCAAUAUUCCCCACAGCUGUAUCCUUCCAAGCCCUAUCCACACAUUCUUUCUACACCAGCAGCUCAAACAAUGUCUGCCUAUGCAGGCCAGACUCAGUAUUCGGGGAUGCAGCAGCCAGCCGUCUACACAGCCUACUCACAGACAGGACAACCCUACAGUCUGCCCACUUACGAUCUGGGCGUGAUGUUACCAGGCAUCAAGACAGAGAGCGGACUUUCACAGACUCAGUCCCCGUUACAGAGCGGGUGCCUCAGUUACAGCCCAGGGUUUUCUACCCCACAACCAGGGCAGACACCUUAUUCUUACCAGAUGCCAGGUUCUAGUUUUGCACCAUCAUCUACUAUUUACGCAAAUAAUUCAGUUUCCAAUUCAACGAAUUUCAGUGGUUCACAACAGGAUUAUCCAUCCUACACAGCCUUUGGCCAAAACCAGUAUGCACAGUAUUACUCCGCAUCAACGUAUGGCGCAUAUAUGACAUCGAAUAACACAGCGGAUGGCACGUCAUCCUCCACCUCAACCUAUCAGUUGCAGGAAUCUCUCCCAGGACUGACUAGCCAACCAGGUACAGAUCUUCAUCCAGGAGAGUUUGACACCGUGCAAAGCCCCUCCACACCCAUCAAAGAUCUUGAUGAGAGAACAUGCAGGAGUUCGGGGUCAAAGUCCCGAGGGAGAGGCCGGAAAAAUAACCCUUCCCCACCUCCCGACAGUGACCUGGAGCGUGUGUUUGUCUGGGACUUGGAUGAAACCAUCAUUGUUUUCCACUCACUGCUCACAGGAUCUUAUGCCCAGAAGUAUGGCAAGGAUCCUCCCAUGGCUGUAACCCUUGGACUCCGAAUGGAAGAGAUGAUUUUUAAUCUUGCUGAUACUCACUUAUUUUUUAAUGAUUUAGAGGAGUGUGAUCAAGUUCACAUAGAUGAUGUUUCCUCUGAUGAUAACGGGCAGGAUUUAAGUACCUACAGUUUUGCAACUGAUGGCUUCCAUGCAGCUGCAAGUAGUGCAAACCUUUGUUUGCCAACAGGUGUAAGAGGAGGGGUUGACUGGAUGAGGAAGUUGGCUUUUCGUUACAGAAGAGUAAAAGAAUUAUACAACACCUACAAGAACAAUGUGGGAGGACUCCUUGGCCCCGCCAAGAGAGAUGCAUGGCUGCAGUUGAGGGCUGAGAUCGAAGGUCUGACCGACUCCUGGCUAACAAAUGCACUUAAAUCUUUAUCAAUUAUUAGUACUAGGAGUAACUGCGUAAACGUCUUGGUAACAACAACCCAACUGAUCCCAGCGCUUGCAAAGGUUCUACUUUAUAGUCUAGGAGGUGCUUUUCCCAUUGAGAAUAUUUACAGUGCAACGAAAAUAGGAAAAGAAAGUUGCUUUGAACGAAUAAUGCAAAGGUUUGGCAGAAAAGUAGUAUAUGUUGUAAUUGGGGAUGGUGUAGAAGAAGAACAGGCAGCAAAAAAGCACAACAUGCCCUUCUGGAGGAUAUCAAGUCACUCAGACCUCUUGGCUCUACAUCAAGCACUGGAAUUAGAGUAUUUGUAACUGUGUUCUCUAGCGGGAGAUCCUUUUUAUAUAUAUAUAUAUUUCAAGUACACUGAAUUUUUAUGUGUGAUGCAAUGCCUCUGGCUUUACACAUAUAAAUUGUCUUAAAGGAUGAAAUCAUAUUUGGAAUGAGAAUUCCAGAAGGAAGAAUUCAGAUUGCUGAACGGAAUUAAACAUUAGUGCUACAGAAAGGAAGCUCUAUGGUCUUAUAUUUACAACACUUUCAUGGUUAAAAAAAAUAUAUAUAUCUGUGGAGGUCGCUGGUCCACACCGACUGAAUCCUGACUGGAAUGAACAACUUUAGCAAAGAACUCUUACUCUGGCAAAGCACCAACACAGGCUCCAUCUGACAAGGUUCAACAACAUUCCUCAAAAAUGGGAGAUCUUCUCAGCCCUGAGGUUUGAAUCUGACGUUAGCCUACCUAGCCCAGAAAAUCUGAAUUGGAAUGCACUCAGACUGUGUAAGGACAAUCCGAUCUAGACCUGUAAUUUGUGUAAAUUAUUGAGGAAAAUAAUUUACUGUGACUUUGUUAGCAGCUGACUUUGAAAGUGGAUGCAAUUUUUCUUUCAUUUGUGGGGGAGGGGCGUGGGGGGAGGAAACGGGAAUCUAAUAAUGUCUCUCUUUUUUAAGUUUGGUAAACAGAAUGUUCAUACUGAUGUGUCGUGCCUUAAAGACAAGACAGUGUUUGUGUGUUACAAUGUAACUUUGGUUAAAAAUCUCUGUAGAUAAUGAAAAGCAAAAACCUUUGUGAUCACUCUUAACAAUGACCAAAUUUAAAAUUCAAGCUAUCAAAGCUUAAUCAUGCACCGGCAAGAAACGGAGUAUUUGUUGCGAUAAGAAAACCGUAACAAUAAAGGGAAGCUUGUGGUUUAUUUGGGUUCUUAAUAAUUCCAAUAAUUGUAUGAGGCAACUAUUUGUGCAUCCAACCAGAAGCAGAAGGUUUGGGAAAGACUGUGGGACCUUGACUUAGAAAGUGAAAUGUAUGUUGAAGCCUCAAUUACCUGUUCUACAGUUUUACUGAGGAAAACUAAGAGCCAUAUUCAUGAUGACUUAUUACUAUUUGGAGUUUGAUUUUUGACAUGUGUAAGUUGUGUAGAGGAAAAUAUUCUGAUGAAACUCCUAAGCAAAUAUCACCCAAACUUUCUUAGACUAUCCAUGAACGUGGCUUAAAAUUCACAAAGUUAAAGGCUUUUAUUCCCAAGGCCAUUGCAAAAAUGAAGUGUCAUCAGUAGUGGAAAGCGAAUGCCCUAGAUGAUUUCCAAGAAAAGAAGUGAAUUAGUGAAAAUUUUACCUAGACUAUCUUCAUAAAAUAAGUUAACAAGUGGACUUGAUCUUGGCAGCCUUACUGAGGUUUGAUUCUCCAUCCUCACACCUGAAUCCAGUUUCUCUCCACUCUAGACCUGUGUACCUUAGUUUCUGCCUGUGCCGUUACUGCACAAUGGACUUCAUUCAUUGCGAGGAGAGCCUGUCAUCGUUGUGUUUGCAUGUUUUUUUUUUUUUUCUUGGUGUGUAGCCCAUGUUAGGAACACGAUACUGGUUCUCCUGUCAUUUUGUAUGACAUGAUUUCCCUUGUGGAAAUUUAAGACUUUAUGAUCUAGGAGUGUUUUGAUGGUGUCUACACCUGCAGUUCUGUGUUUAAAAUGUCACAACGUGGUACCUGGAGUCCAACUACUAGGCAGUGCUCCCAGCCAGAGACUGGUCCAUGAUUACCCAUCAUCUCAGGCUUUGGUAGCUCCCAUCAGAGCAGUUCUCUGUACACUGAUCACAGCAUGUGCUAUGGAAAUGUGAUUUUAUUUUCCAAACUAUAAACUUGUAUUCCUCUACUGUCCACUAAGGCCGUGUUUACAUUAGGCAGGAAGAAAUUGAGAUCAAAUUUUGCACAUUUUAAGAUUGUGAUUUCAUUACAUACAAACCUUAAACUUAUUCUUUAAAUAUUGUAGCAUUUGGCUACCUCUGCUCCAGGUACUGUUGCAGACAAAUUAAGAUUGGGAUACUGCUGCUAUUACUACUACUACUAAUAAAAAUAAUCAUAAUAAUAAAUCUUACAUUUCAGUUGGCCUUUAGCUUGAAAAUAGUAGUUUAAAAAAACUAAAGCGCUGCAUUGAUUAUCCAUACAUCAUUCUGUUUUGUGCACUAAAACCUUAAAUGUUUAUUACUGUGAGUAAAACAAAAGUAUCUUUACUGUAGAGCCAAUUUCUUUAAGUGAUAGAAUUUUGACGUCACAUCUAAAUUGUAAAUUAUUUUUCAUGUCAAACAAGCAAGGCUUCUUAUGCUGCUCAACCUGCAGGUACAGAAAAGAAUAGCCCUUCACAGGGCACAGAGAAGGGUCACUGAUUGUAUCACCAGAGCUAUUUCUCACAGAUCUCCUCUGAUGAUGUGUUCAGAAGAGGCUGCCAGUGUUAACACCUUGUCUGGCACAACGGUGGUGCAGCUAGGGAGCCCACAUCACUGUUUGCCAGGUGGCUUUGAGCAUGCUCAAGACGAGGACGCGUCCCCUUCCCACCUUCGGAACCCAGGAUCCUCUUCCUGUCUGAUC